GUGUGCCACCAGGCAUGACUGUUGAGCACAGAACCCCCAAAAACCACCCCAAAAACUCGUGUUACUCCGAUUAGAACAUAUCAACUAAUGGCCGAACAGGGGUAAACGAAUGGUUCGGAUAUAAUCGACACCGAGUGUGUAUCAACAGUUGGUGCAACAGAUGAGCGUCACUCACCUUAUCUUUAGCUAGUGCUUCCUACAAACAACAGGUUACAUCGUUCUUAUCGAGCGCUAUUCUAAGGCUUCUCCAGCGGAAUCAAUCAAACAAGUAACUUCCAUCAGCCAUCGGGGUUAGCACCAUGGACAACAACAGCCCACCACCGCCGUCGGCACUCAACAAUUUCCGAGUGCUGUACCUGGUGACGCAGCUCGUCGGCAUCACGAUCAUCAUACUGGUGAGCUGCUGGAUCGGUAUCCAUCUGAAUGGCUUGGCCUGGACCUCGCAGCCGGGAAUACAGUUCAACUGGCAUCCGCUGCUCAUGUCCGUUGGCAUGAUCUUCCUGUACGGCAACUCGAUACUGAUCUACCGUGGAUUCCGGUACGCGCGCAAGAAGGCACUCAAGAUUACGCACGCCACCAUCCAUGGGGCGGCGUUCGUGUUUACUGUCAUCGCACUGGUGGCCGUGUUUGAUUCGCACAACCUCGCCAGACCGGCACCCAUUCCGAACAUGUAUACGCUCCACUCCUGGGUUGGUCUUUCCGCCGUUCUGCUGUUCUCGCUGCAAUACGUGUUCGGAUUCGUGUCCUAUCUGUUUCCGGGAGUUCGGGAGCAACUGCGCUCCUCCUAUAUGCCGGUGCACGUUUUCUUCGGAAUUGCUGGAUUCGUGAUGGCGAUCGCAGCCGCCCUGUUGGGUCUUCUGGAGAAGGCCAUCUUCUCGCUACCCAACUACUCAGCGCUACCGGCACAAGCCAUUCUGAUCAACGCGAUCGGUCUGAUGUACAUCCUGUACGGUGGGCUGGUCGUGUUUCUAGUCACCGAGCGCCAGUACAAGCGGCAUCCACUCCCCGAGGACGUCAUGCUGCUGACGCACAGCUCCAGCACCGGUACCUCAUAAGCGGUGACAUAGCAAAACAAUCCGCUGCUCACGCCCAAGGGCCAAUUAAAGGGAUUUACUGAAGUGACCGAUGACGUUGAAUGCAUUUGAGGAGUUCGUAUAGCUAACAUAGAGACGCAUCUACACUACCAAUUCCUCCAUUCUGCCGAGUGUGUGUGUGCGUGUGUGGGUAUUUUGAUUGUAUUAUCGAGUACUUAAGUAUUAUAGUAAAUUGUGAGUUAGUUCUAUAUAUAUAUAUAUCUAUGUAUAUACAUCAUCUGAAUUGCGAAGGAGCACCGGACGGUACCGACGCAUAACCGCACAAGCUGCUUCUUCCAGCAUAUUGUACAUCUCUGCGCUCCACCCUUAUACGUUUCACCAAUAAAAGAUAUCAUUAUCUAGAGCAA